AAUAAACAGAAAUCAUAGGGCCGAAGACUAUUGAGGAGCGUGAACGUAGCAGAAGCGACGAGAAGACAACAAAGUAUCGCUGCUAGAUUAACACUGCGCUAGCCUGCCCUUUCUCUAGUACCUCCUCAUCCGCUUCCUCCACUCCUCUACACUGCCCAAACCAUGUGGCCCACAUCCCCUGCCGCCGACGGCAACACCAACACCAACACCAACACCAACACCAAAACCAGAGCUCGACUAUCCUCCUCCUCCUCCUCCUCCUCCUCUUUGUCCACGUCCUCCUCCUUCUCCCGCUCUUCUUCUUCCUCUUCCUCAGUCGCUGUUCUUCAAACGCCUAAGCGUAAAACCAUGGAAGAAGUCUGGAAAGACAUGAACCUCGCAACUCUCGCCAACGAAAGCCAGCCGCCGGCUGCAGUCUCCGGCGACACGCGCCACUUCUUCCGCGGCAUGAUCUUACAGGAUUUUCUGGCCAGCGCUUUCAAAAGCCCACCGAGCUCCGCCGUCUCCAGCGAGAAGCCGCAGCUUCCCCUCCCCCCUACUGCGCUCAGUCUUACUAGCGGGCUGUGCGGGCCGUUCGGCCCGUCCAACCUUCCCCACCACACGGCUGCCUCCUCUCCCUUCUCCUUGUCGACAAAGAAGCAAAAUCUUGAAGACGCGCCGUCCUGCAACGCAGAAAGCGACCGCCACCAUAAGCGAAUGAUGAAGAACCGCGAGUCCGCGGCUCGUUCCCGGGCCCGAAAGCAGGCAUACACGAACGAACUGGAGCUGGAAGUGGCUCACAGGGCUGAGGAGAACGCAAAGUUAAAGAAACAGAAUGAGGAACUUAGAGUGGCAAUGGCUGCUCAGAUUCCCAAAAAGGAUUUUCUUCAGAGAACUUCAUCAGCGCCAUUUUAAAGAAGAACACAGCUCAUCUUCACAUGUUGGUUGAGAGCUUAGACUUUCAACUAAGAGAUCUUGGAUUCUAAGUCUUUGUAGUGAGUUUGCUUUAAAAUGGCUUAAAUGUCUCAAAAAAAAAA